CGGACGUAGCGGACAGCAUAACAAUUUUACACAUUUGAAUGGUUUAUUUCCGCUUCGUGGUUAGCAAUCACAGAUUAAUAGUUAAUUUUACAGUCUAUGAUGGCCAAGAAAAGGUCUCUUGAGUCUUCUAAACAGAAAAAGAAUAGGAAAAUAACUAGCAAUCAUCCAUCGAAGUUUAGAAGAAAGAAAAAGAAGAAUGAAGAGGCUGAUGAGUUUGAUGAGGUGGAAACUGAUGGACUAUAUAAUCAUGAGCAAGAUGAAGAUUUAAGACAUCAUGAUGAUGUUGACAAUAGUGAUGAUGAUGAUGACACGGGACUUUAUACCAGAGGACUUGUCACUCAGCAUAACAAAAAGAAGAAAAAAUCUGGAGGAUUUCAAUCUAUGGGCUUAAGUUUCCCAGUGUUCAAAGGAGUUAUGAAGAAAGGUUACAAACUUCCCACACCUAUUCAAAGAAAGACGAUACCAGUAAUUAUGGAUGGGAAGGAUGUGGUAGCCAUGGCACGUACAGGCUCUGGUAAAACUGCAGCCUUCUUGAUACCAAUGUUUGAAAGACUCAAGGCCCAUUCAGCCAAGGUUGGCGCUAGAGGACUGAUCCUAUCACCAACCCGUGAGUUAGCUCUCCAAACCCUGAAAUUCACCAAAGAGCUGGGAAGGUUUACUGGCUUAAAGGCUGCUGUUGUGCUUGGUGGAGACAGUUUGGAAGGUCAGUUUGCAGCAUUGCAUGGAAAUCCAGAUAUUAUUGUAGCUACUCCAGGACGGUUUCUUCAUGUUGUGAUGGAAAUGGACCUGAAACUAACAUCUGUGGAAUACGUUGUGUUUGAUGAGGCUGACAGGCAAACUCUUCUGUUUUCUGCAACUCUUCCAAAGCUAUUGGUGGAUUUCACCAAAGCAGGCUUGACUGAUCCGGUGCUCAUAAGACUGGAUGUUGACUCCAAACUCAGUGAACAGCUUAAGCUGGCUUUCUUUUCGGUGAAAUCAGUUGACAAACCAGCUGUGCUAUUGCACGUUCUUCAAAAUGUGGUCAAACCAAAUGAACAGACCCUUGUAUUUACGGCCACAAAGCAUCAUGUAGAAUACUUGAAAGAGCUGUUAGAUAUUGCUGGAAUAGAGUGCUCCUUUGUGUACAGCACACUGGAUCAGACAGCAAGGAAGAUCAACAUUGGAAAGUUUCAACACAAGAAGACAAACGUGAUGGUUGUUACCGAUGUGGCUGCUCGUGGAAUUGACAUCCCCAUGUUAGACAACGUGAUAAACUAUAACUUCCCAGCCAAACCGAAGCUUUUUAUCCAUCGAGUAGGCCGAGUUGCCAGAGCUGGCAGAAGUGGGACAGCUUACUCCCUUGUGAGCGGUGAUGAGCUAGCCCAUAUGGUGGAUCUUCAUCUUUUCCUUGGUCGCCCGCUAAAGUUUGCUGGAAAGGACUCGCAAGCUCAAGAUGAUGGGCUUAUAGGCACGGUUCCUCAGCUGCUCGUAGAUGACGAGGAGAAUUUUAUGAAAACGGCGCAUGACCAAUCACAUGACUUGGUUUCUCUUCGACAAGUGGCUGCUAAUGGAUACAAACAGUACAUCAAAUCCAGGCCAAAUACUUCAUCAGAAUCUGUGAAGAGGGCAAAAAAGAUCGACACUGGCUCUCUUUCGAUUCAUCCCAUAUUCACCCAUAUGGUGGAUCUUCAUCUUUUCCUUGGUCGCCCGCUAAAGUUUGCUGGAAAGGACUCGCAAGCUCAAGAUGAUGGGCUUAUAGGCACGGUUCCUCAGCUGCUCGUAGAUGACGAGGAGAAUUUUAUGAAAACGGCGCAUGACCAAUCACAUGACUUGGUUUCUCUUCGACAAGUGGCUGCUAAUGGAUACAAACAGUACAUCAAAUCCAGGCCAAAUACUUCAUCAGAAUCUGUGAAGAGGGCAAAAAAGAUCGACACUGGCUCUCUUUCGAUUCAUCCCAUAUUCAAGUUAUCCUCCAGUGAAGGGGCAUCUACAAAGGUCGACAUUUUGGAUGGUGUGAAGAACUUCAGACCUAAACAGACUAUUUUCGAGAUUGGUUCAACAUCAAAAUCCACGGCGCAGUCCAUCAUGAUGUCAAAACGAAAACGUCACAGUGACGUAAUUGAGAGAGCUCAGCGGCUGAAACUAGAUGAAUUGAACACUGGCCAGGGGAGGGGUACUGGUACCGAACGAGAGCAAGAGAGUGGUCUGACUACGGAUGAUAUCCAAGUGAGUGAAAACGGAACGUGUUUUCUUUCCAGACUUGGUUUGAAGUCGUUUGAAAAGGACGUAUCUGGCGCCGUGAUGGAUAUACAGGCGGAUGAGGCUGAAGGAAUGCGGCAGGCGAAGACGAUCAAAAAAUGGGAUCGGAAAAGGAAAAAUUUCGUUGGCGAAGACGGAAACGUUAAGAAAAUCCGAACUGAGAGCGGCAUUAGGAUUCCAGCUUCCUACAGGAAAAACAUCUACCGCGACUGGUUACAAAGACACAAGAUGGACGUUCCCGGAUCCGAAGAUCGCGAGGAGAAUGGGGCGAGGCCGGAAUAUAAAAGAGGGAAGAAAGGUAAAGGUGGAAGCAAAUUCUCAGCCAGAGGAAAAGGAGCGGUCGGGAAAACCUUUAAACCGCGUGGGAACGAACUAAAAUCCAAGGAACAAAUACUGAAAGCUCGACACAGGAAGCAAAAAACUAUGCAGCGGCAAAAUAGAGGAACACAAAAAGGAAAAGGUGGGAAAGGAAAAUCGGGCAGGAAAAAGUGAGGGCGGCAGGAUUAGCGACGUUUCCGGCGCCUUUUCGUGGAAUCUUCGGACGCCGUCCGAGGAGUUACCGCUCAAUAUUUUUCAAUCAAAAUCAGCCACGUUUUCGGGACACUGUAACUCGGGCCAUAUUUGACGCUCUGCUCAUUUCAGGUUCAAUUUGGCUUCAUGUAGAAAACCGUGGGCUCCAGUACUAGGCUUUUGUUUGAGUUAAAAAUGAAUCGGCUUGAAUGUCGUCAGAGAAAAGGUUGAACAGUCGUCUGUACGAGAAUACAGCUUUGUCGAAGAGACUUACUGUGUAAAAUCUUGAAAGCGGAAGUCUAUCUUUCUACUUUAAACCGAAUAUCCUAUUUUAGUGUUGUCCUACACUUGUGACAAGAAAAAAAAAACCACCUUUCUCAAUAUCUCACAUGUUUAUCUUUAGAGAUAUUACAGAUAUUACAACUUUUUCGUUUUUUUUUUUUUUUUUUUUUUUUUUUUUUUUUGUCCUUCUUUGUUUUGAGUUGUGCGCGAUACGUGACGCAUCUUAAACGACUCCACUGUAGAAAGUGUCAUCAAUUUUAAGGUCAUUUCUGGUCACUUAGCAUAGUGAUUUUACUUCAACCCCUGAAGGGAAAGGAACAACAGCGGAGCCGACAAAGAAAAACCCAAAUUGCAUAGAUUGGUCUUCCCUUUUCUGGUAAGCGACAACACUGACUUUUCGAUAUUGUCAUGAGAGUGAUUCAAAAACGUUUCGAUCUGCUUCAAGUACCGAACUGUGAGGAAUAUAGAAAUCUUCCUAUAAGGAUCUUGUACUUCGGCUCUCUUUGUUUUCCUUGCAAAAUAAUUUGCCCUGUUCUUUUCGCGCUUAAUUAUAAUCGGCAUUUUUAAUUUCAAUAUUGGAUUUGUUAUUUAUUAAUACCUUAUUGCCCCUAUCAACCUCUUUUCCUGAAAAAAAAAAAUCGGUUUUCUUUGAUUAAUGUUUUCAAGGAGAAAGCGAAGACAUGCAAUCCUAGCUCUCCACUUCUCCCAACGGCCUCAGUCAGAACAUAACUAAAAAUUAAUUCGCUGAAGUAGCUUUACAGCAUUGUAAUAGUAUCUUCUGGUAAGAUGAAGCCCUUGAAAUAAAAGUUGAUCGGUGAGUAAAA